UGAGCAGCAGCACAGUCGCUGUUGCUGAAUCGUUGCGGCAAUAAACAGUUGAGCUGUACAGAGCAGACCUACAACAUCCGGGCAAUACUCAGCUUGCGCAGAAACGGAAUGGCGGAGGUGGGCGACAAGCCCCUGAAGAUAAUAAGCGUGGAGGUCGUGGCCUAGUGGAGAGUGGACCAGGUACAGUGAUGAAGGCCCUCAGCAGGAGAAGCAGAAACCCUAACUGGCCUUAGAGAAGUCGGAGGAGAACUUUCGCCCCAUGAAGAUGGCAGCACAGUCCCACACUGCCAGUGAGCUUCCUUUGGAGGAGCUGCUGGCUCUGUACGGCUACACAGUGUCAGAUCCAGAGAAGGAGACCUGUCACGUGGCUGCCAGCCUGCCAGGCAUGACACUGGACAAGGAUCAGAUAACUGAGGAUCUCUUUCCUGGGGAGGAGGAAGAAGAAUCAUCAGCAGAUGAUCUCACCCCCUCAGUCACCUCAAACACCUCAGAUCUGCUCCGCCGCCUCCAAGGCGGAGACAAAGACACAUUAGUCAGCUCAUCCGAUGAGGACUCUGACGAUGCCUCUAUUCCCUCCAAUGAAGAGCACAAGGAGAUCAUGGUUGGCUCUAAGUACCAGGCAAAAAUCCCUCCACUCAGUUCAUGUACCUACCAGGAGAGAGCCUGCAUCAGUGAGGACCAGCUGCUGUGGAGGCCAGGUGUUCUGCCUGUGCAGGAAGUAGAAGAGUUCUUGCUGAAUGCACAGAGAACCUACGGUCAGGAGGGGGCGGCAUACACACAAACACACGGGGACACUGUCCGAGACAACCAACAGGCACUGUAUGAACUAGUGAAAUGCAACUUUAAUGCAGAAGAGGCACUGAGACGAUUGCGCUUCAAUGUGAAAGUGUUCAGUGAAGAGCUUUGUGCCUGGAGUGAGGAGGAGUGCAGGAGCUUCGAGCACGGCUAUCGGGUUUACGGGAAAAACUUCCACCUCAUUCAGGCUAAUAAGGUACGAACGCGCUCCGUCGGGGAGUGUGUGGAGUAUUACUACAUGUGGAAGAAGUCUGACCGCCAUGAGUACUUUACCCAGCAGGCCACCAGGCUCAGCCGCAAGAAGUACAGUCUGCAGUCAGGGAGCAUGGAGGAUGGAGACCAGGAGGGGGAGGUUGCAGAGCUGGGAAGGGAAGAGAGAAGCAAUAAUUCCUCAGGCUUGUUGUCUAACAGCUCCAUGGGCACUGGACAGCUGCAGUCCCCAUUACCUCCCCAGUCGAGCCUGGACCUGGACAAACAAGAUGGUGAGCUGGUGAUGGGGCUGUCAGACCUGUGCGGUGACGGAUGUCCUCAGCAGCUGUUUGGCUGUCCCUUCUCUCUCCCACCCAUGGAAGACCUGCGGGAUGCUGGCUCAGGCAGUUGUUGUCCCUCAGCUCUAGUCCAGCUCCAGUCCCAGCCCUCCCCUCAGAGCUCCCAGUGGGCCGGCGGCAGCCCUCCGUCCUGCCACGACGACCAUCGCCUCCAAGGCUCCUGUUUUUACCAGCUCCACGUGUGUGGUGGACCUUUUGUCUCCGAGGGCCCUGACUGUGAUGCGGCAGGCGGCGGGACUGGCUCCCCCCACGGGCUGCAGGUGGAAUUCAGCCUGCCGUCUGCCUCGCCUCCCUCAUCCUCUGUCCUCCCAUCACACUUCCAAACUUUCGGCAGCCUGCUGCACCCCUCUCCCGUCCAGCAUCCCCGCUCUCUCACACAGUGAAGGGACAAGGGGAAAUCAAAACUGAGUGGUACUCUUCACGGUUUGGCCUGUGUCGAGGUCUUUGAUCGGUGUUGGUAUUUACACCGGGCUCGAUGAAACCAGGAAAUAAAGUGCAUUUACUUAACUUUGUGAAAAAAUGGACCUACUGCCUGUGUUGGUCGGUUACUCGUCUGUCUGAACCCCUUUUUAUAUCGAGACACUUGAUCCUGACAUUGCCAUUGUGGAAUGAUGAGUGUUAAUCACGACUUUCAGGUGUUGAUUAUGUGUUUAUUAACAUUUUAUUACCACAACCUGCACCAGGACUGUGAUUGGCUAUGAUUAAUACAUACUUGUGAAAGCACAGUGCAGGUGACGGAAGCUGCAACGACCCUGCAAACAAACCAGAAGCAAGUGUCUAGCAGUCCUUUUCUUUUUAAAAAACAGAUCAAUGAUUGACAAUGUUAACCACUGUUUCUUUGUUUUCUUAUUUAUCAGGAUGGAAAAGUUUAACUGCAGCGAGAGCCAGCAGUAACAUGAUUUUUAGGUAUGUUCUGCAUAUUGUUCAGAACUUUUGCUGCUGCAGCCGUUUCAGAUCUGUUUCUGGUGAGUGCCAGGGUGACAUGGUCACUCGAAGUCUGAUCACAGAGUAAAAUCUGUCCCUUCAAUCUUAGAUUAUUUUAUGUAAACAUUAAUUCUCAAUUAAGUCUGUAAAUGGCGCCCCCUUUUUGGCUCCUCGUGUCGGUUUUGUUUGCACUUCCAGCCUCCUCCUGACUGAAAACAUUUGGUGGAAGAGUCAAUCUCACUCAAGAAUUUUGUUUAAAUAUGAAAUUAAAUGACAUUUUCUGAGGUUGAGAUUUGGACAUGUUUGGAGAAAAAGGAGCUCAAUUCUUUUUUGCAGGUUUUAUUUUUUGUUUUGCUUUUGUGGAAAUUUUCAUCCUUGUUCUUUUUUUGAAGAUUUACAUAGAGAUUUAUAAAGGUGCAGUGCUUUGUCAUCAUUUCUGAACACCAUUUCUAUCAUGUUGAAUAUUUAUUACCAUCAAGAGCCUGUUUGACCUGCAGAAUAGGUAAAAAAAAAUAAAAUUUGUAUAUGUAAAAUGUA